AUGGAGAUCAUCGCGGAUGACGGCGGCUAUGCUUGGAAGGUGCUGAAUGAGCCAUCGGUUGCUCCGCCGGCGGUUGUGGUGGCUGGAUUUGCUCCUAUUCAAAGAUCAGGGAAUCAGAUUUCAUCAUCAAAUCAAGAUAAAAGUAAUAAUGAACAACCAUAUCAGCAACAGUCAAUGAGGUCUGAUGAGGCCAAUGUAAUAGCAGCAGUAGAAAGGUCUUCUGAAAUAACAAUCAGUGAGAAUGCAACUCAAAGGACCGAACGACUGCACAGAGAAAGCAAGAAUGAGAAAAUGGUUUCUUUAACUCACAAGGGUGACAAUCCUACCUCACAAAAGGAGACUGAGAAAACUGAUGCACAGCUUUUAUCUGGUGAUUUAGAUGAUGAAGAAUGUCCUAUCUGUUUUGAAGAAUAUAACAUAGAAAACCCAAAGUUAAUUCUCAAGUGUAGACAUCACCACCAUAUGCAAUGUAUCCUUCAGUGGAUGGAAAAAAACCCAACUUGCCCAACUUGUAACCAGGUGAUGACUUUCGAUGAGAUCUUUUAGAAUCUGCAACACUGAUGGUUACCAAGGAUGUAAUUGGCAAAAAAGACGACAUUCCUUCCACAGCUAGCAAAUGCCAGCAGUCCCCUAGUGGAAUCAGAACCCUUUUAUGAUUCUAUCUUGUAAUUAUUAAAGUUCAAUUCCGCAGAUGUUUGGCUUGAAUAGAUCAACAGUGCAUCUUUCUUCUUUUCGUGCUCUGUUUUUUUGUUACCAUGUUGAAUCUUUGAUGCAGCUUUAUACUAUUGGUUUCCUUUGAAACAAAGAUAAAAUAUAUCAUUGGCAAAUCAUCAAGAAA